AGAUGAUGGGACUAGAUAUCGCAGAUGAGCAAAUAGAUGAAAUGCAAGCGCAUGUGGAUGGUAUAGACUUCGAAGCAGCUGCUGCUGAAGAGUGCUUGACAAGACAUGAUGUUAUGGCUCACGUGCAUGUUUUUGCUAAACAAUGUCCCAAAGCGGCUGCUAUCAUUCAUUUAGGGGCAACAUCAUGUUAUGUGGGGGAUAAUACUGACCUCUUAAUUUUACGUGACGCAUUAGAUUUGAUUUUACCCCGAAUUGCCUCCAUAAUACACUGUUUGAAGAAUUUUGCUAUAAAAUACAAAUCACAACCGACUUUAGGGUUUACACAUUUGCAACCUGCCCAACUUACCACAGUCGGCAAACGAGCUUGCCUGUGGACUCAGGACUUCAUGAUGGAUGAACGUGCAUUAAGUCGGUGUCGUGAAGAUUUGCGCUGUCGUGGUGUAAAAGGGACUACAGGAACUCAAGCUUCAUUUCUACAACUCUUUAAUGGGGAUGGAGAAAAAGUUAAGCAGUUAGAUAAUUUAGUAACCAAACUAGCAGGCUUCGAUAAAUCUUAUUCAAUAACCGGACAAACUUAUUCAAGAAAAGUUGACGUUGAAGUUAUUGGAGCAAUAUCAAGUUUAGGUACAAGCAUUCAUAAAAUGUGCUCAGAUUUAAGAUUACUGGCUUCACGCAAAGAGAUAGAAGAACCGUUUGAAAGCUCGCAAAUAGGUUCAUCAGCUAUGCCCUACAAAAGGAAUCCUAUGCGUUCAGAACGCUGUUGUGCACUGGCAAGGCAUUUAAUAACACUAUUCUCCAAUGCUGCUAAUACACAUGCAACUCAAUGGUUAGAGCGUACACUUGAUGAUUCGGCUAAUCGUCGUUUGACUCUUUCAGAAGGAUUCCUAGCGGCAGAUGCAGCAUUGCUUACUCUCCUAAAUAUAUCGCAAGGACUAGUAGUCUAUCCAAAAGUUAUCGAGCGACAUAUCGCGCAAGAAUUACCUUUUAUGUCGACCGAAAAUGUAAUAAUGGCCAUGGUUAAAGCGGGCGCUGAUCGUCAAGUGUGCCAUGAAAAGAUACGUGUUUUAUCUCAGGAGGCUGGUGCGCAAGUUAAGCAACACGGAAAGGACAAUGAUUUGGUUGAACGUAUUCGGAAAGACACCUAUUUUGAACCGAUUCUUAACAAACUUGACGAAAUACUUGAUGCACACACUUUUACGGGCCGAGCUAGCGACCAAGUUGAUGAUUUUAUCAAUGACGAAGUUGAACCCCUAUUGGAAAAAUACAAAGAAUGUUUGAAAAAAAUACAAAACGUGCAAUUGAAUAUUUAAAUCUCAUAUCAAACUAAAAGUGUCUUGUUAAAAAUGUAUUUAUAGAAUAAAUCAUACAUUUAUAUACAUAUAAGUAUGUAUAAGU